UAAAAAUUAUUAAGUUAUUCAGUUUGAAUUUUGAAUUUGCUAUCUCCAGAGAUGCGUCUAGACAUUUUAUCAUUUAUUUUGGUGUUCUUCGUACAAUGCUGUCAUUCUGCAAGAAUUUUGGGAGUAUUUCCGUUGGCGGGGAAAAGUCUUAACAUCCUGUAUAAUCGUCUGAUGAGAGGAUUGGCAGAUGCGGGGCACGACGUUACUGUGAUUAGUGCUUAUACAAAUAAAUUGCCUGUAAAAAAUGGUAGUAUUACUGACGUACUUUUGACUGGAUUUGCUGAGGAAUAUGAUCUUAUGUUAAGUCAAGAAAGUUUUCUUGACAGCCCUGAAGAUUACCCGUUUUAUACAGUACUAUACUACCUGGAAUUAUUAGAACCUACAUGGAACAGCACUUUACACCACCCAAACGUUCAAAAACUGUUAAGUUCCAAUCAGAAAUUUGACUUAGUCAUCACAGAACAUUUUUGGAGCGAUUGUUUGAAAAUAUUUGCUCAUAUUUAUAACUGCCCAUUGGUCAUAUUCACCAGUAUGGGUGGAAUAAAUUCAUGGGUCAACGAUCAAGUAGGGAAUCUCUUGUUACCUUCUUACGUUACGCAUACUAUGAAGCUAAGAGUCUCCUCUGAAGAAACUAAUUUUCGCGAACGGGCUCAUAAUUUACUAUUUUAUAUCACUGAUUAUGUUUAUAAGCAUUAUUUUUUGUUCCCAAACAGUAAUGCUAUGCUAAAAGGUGCCUUUAGUAACCCUCCUGACAUAGCUGACAUCUAUGACAACGUUUCCCUGGUCCUUCUUGGUUCUCAUUCAAGUCUACGUCCUGCCGCACCUUUAUCACCAAAUACUGUGGAAAUUGGAGGAUUUCAUAUCGAUCCACCCAAAAAACUACCCAAAGACUUACAGGAAAUCAUGGACAAUGCUAAAAAUGGCGUGAUAUAUUUUAGUAUGGGUUCUCAAUUGAGGAGUAAGGAUUUUUCUGAAGAGAAAAAAAAGAUCUUUUUGGAUGUGUUUGCUAGGUUGGAACAGACGGUUUUGUGGAAGUUUGAAGAUGAAACGUUACCUGGAAAGUCUAGUAAUGUUUAUAUAAGAAAAUGGUUGCCUCCGGUGGAUUUAUUAGCCCAUCCAAAUAUGAAACUAUUUAUCACUCAUGGUGGUUAUGGUAGUCUUCAAGAAACCAUCUACCACGGUGUACCAGUGUUAGCAAUUUCUGUAGUAGCCGAUCAGCAUAAUAAUGCUUUCCAAGCAGUUCAACUGGGUUUUGGUUUAAAGCUCUCUUACAACGAUAAAAACUUUAGUGAGAAAAACUUAUUUAAUAAGAUUAUAGAGUUGUUGGACAAUCCAAAAUACAGAGAAAAUGCCCAGGCAAGGUCCAGGAUAUUUCAUGAUAGACCAAUGAAACCCCUGGAUACUGCCGUUUAUUGGAUUGAGUAUGUUAUUCGAAAUAAGGGUGCUGAACAUUUGAGAUUACUCUCUACAAAGUUGCCCUGGUAUAAAUUAUAUUGUAUGGAUAUUUUUGUAGCAUUCUUUAUAAGUUUAUGGGUUUUGUAUAAAUUGUUAUGUGUCUUGCUGUUAAAGGUAUUUGGAAAAAAUCAAGAAAAAUUAAAGGUAAAGGAGAAUUAGGGAGAUUCUGAAAAUUAAAAGGGUCAGAGAAAUUUAAAAUUCCAAAAUUUUGGACCAACUGUUCUGCAAAUUUUUCUUUAAGACAGUGUGAUAUUAAGUAAAGUAUAUAUUAUUCUUGGAAAUUUAAUGUUCUUGGACCUUCCCUCUAUAUAUUAUAAAAAAUUGGGAUUUAA